CUUGUUUUGCGUACCUUACGUGUGACGUCAGAGCGUCAGCUGGCCGAAUGUUUACAUCCAGCAGUGGUGUGUUUCUGAGUGCGUCUCUCAACAACAAAAGGCUGAACAGACGGAAAGCGCCAAGGCAGACAACAGCAGCGGGCAUUUGUACAAGUCAGGAUGGGUGGAGCUGUCAGUGCCGGUGAGGACAAUGAUGACUUGAUUGACAACCUGAAGGAGGCUUACUACAUCCGCUCAGAUCUGGUGGAGCGCGCUUUUCGAGCUAUAGACCGGGCUGACUAUUACCUGGAUGAAUACCGGGACAAUGCUUAUAAGGACUUGGCAUGGCGGCAUGGAAACAUCCACCUGUCUGCUCCGUGUAUUUACUCGGAGGUGAUGGAGGCUUUGGAUCUCCACCCCAGCCUCUCCUUCCUAAACCUUGGCAGUGGCACUGGCUACCUCAGCACCAUGGUUGGCCUCAUAUUGGGACCAUUUGGAGUGAAUCAUGGAAUUGAGUUACAUGCCGAUGUGAUUGAAUAUGCCUACCAGAAGCUCGACUCCUUCAUCAAAACCAGUGACAGCUUUGACAAAUUUGAGUUCUGUGAGCCGUCCUUUGUUGUGGGUAACUGUCUAGAGAUUCCCCCAGAGAGCCGUCAGUAUGACAGGGUGUACUGUGGGGCCGGGGUGCAGAAGGACCACGAGGAUUACAUGAAGAACCUGCUUAAGGUGGGGGGCAUCCUUGUGAUGCCUCUGGAGGAAAAGUUGACCAAGAUCACCCGCACAGGGCUGAACAGCUGGGAGACCAAAAAGAUCAUCUCUGUGUCCUUUGCACCGCUCAUGCUCCCUAAACACAGCACAAAUGGCAAACCCAAGACUGUCCCACUACCAAAGUAUGAGGUACGGACGUUACAGGAGCUGGCUCGCAUCUGCAUCCGCCACACCCUCAGAGUGACCACAGAUGGAGCAGACAGCCAGUCACGCGGCCGAGGUUCCUCAUUCAGCGUCGGCAGGGGUCUGGCAGUGGCUGGGCUCCAUAAGUACGGCCCUCGCUUUAAACGCAGACGCGUCCACCGGCGCCACUGCAAUGCCCUGGUCCUGGCCACCCGUCAGGUGGUGGCCAGCAGCGGCAUCAGCCCUGCCCCUCUGGACAGCAACAAUAACCAGGGAGGAAGAGCAGAGGACGAGGAGGAGGUAGGAGAGAGGGAUAUGAGGCGGCAUAUGAGAGGGAGCAGGAGGCCAGGGAGAGGAGCUGGAGGAGUGGUGGAAGAGGAGGAAACGGUGGAGGAGGAGGACGAAGAGGAGGAGCAGGAGGAGGAGAAGGAGACAGGGGAGCUGCUCCGACCACAGCCAGCGGUGAACGUCCUCAGAGAGAGGAUACUGGGCCUUCCGCUGCCCGAGCCUCUGAAGAUGUACCUGCUGUACUACAGAGAGAAGUGAGCCUGCUGAAGCCACAGCCAGGUCCUGAGUCAGAUCCCAGAGCUGACAGCGACGACCCACCCCACCACCAAAUGUCCAAGGCGAGUCAACAUGCCACCUGCAUCCCCCCAGCUCCACCAUGGGUCUGUUUCUCUCUCUCAUCCUCUCCAUCAUCCAUUCUCUGUCCCAGCCCCUCUUUUUGCCCUGCCUGCCAAUGUUCAGUACUUGAUUCAUUUCCUUACAAUGUAAAGAGUCAGUUCAAUUUGUCCAGUGAGGUGGGGGGAAGCAAACAAUUCAUGUCAAAGUUUCAGGCAACCAAACAGUCACUGAUGUAAACUCUGUGUCUCCUUUGAGGGGCAAAGCGAUGGAUAUUGGUACUUAAUACAUACACAGUCUAUCAGUUUGCUCUGCAGUUCUGUCAAACUAACAUGCUAAUCAAGCAUUGCCUAACAACAGUCCACCUUUGCCUACGUAUCCACUGAUUGUUGAGGGCAACUUAGUGGUGCUGAGGAAGGGAAGCAUCAUCGUUCAGUCUACAGUGGCAACAAAGUUCUGACACUGUAGCAGCGAGCAGGGAGCACGGCUCACCCAGAGACCAGAAGGUGUAAGCUUCCCCAGCUCUUUUCUAGCCACUAAUUACAGUUGUGCCCAAAGUUCCAACUUAUACAUUGAUUGUAUAAGUCAUCUGAAGCUGGCUUGUCCUUGUACAGUAGUGUGCCACUGGGAUGGUGUAGCUGUAGACGGAGACAUAGUUGGGCUCAUCAAAGCUCAUCUUUUGUGAGUGAAGAAAAUGAUGUGAGGGUUAGAUUCUCUUUCUCACAAUAUCAUUUAGAUAACCUUAUCAUCCAGUACAGCCAGUGACCAAGAUGGAUGGCAGUUGUGAUUAUAUCCACUGAUUUCCAAAUAAAAGAGGAGCUGUGUCUUGAGCCCUUAGUCCGUAUGAUGAUUGGAGUGAAUGAUCUGCUUUUCCCAGGUCAGCGGUUUACCAUCAAUUGAAAUACUUAAAAAGAAUAGUUGAUGUAAUAGGAGGGUGAUGUUUCCCUUGUUUCUAUGCAUAUGUUUCACUGUAUGAUUAAAAGUCUGUCUUUGUCUCCUGACUUCGUCAUGAGGACGUGAAAUGGACAUGAGUCCUUACAUGUGUUUCCAAGGGGCAGUCUUGCUUUUUAUUUCUACAUACCAUAAUAUUCUCUACACCAAAAGAGAAAGACAAUAACAGAUCACACACUGACUGAUAUUCCAAUUUGCAUAAAUAAGCCAGCAUGAUAAAAACACAUAACCAAUGUUUUUGAUGAUUGACAGUGUGCAGGAUUUGUCUAACCGUUUUUCUGUUCCUGAUUUUUGAAUUUGAGGAGACUUGAAGUGGUGUGUACAUAUGAAAAUUGUAUGUUUUGUUUUGUGAAUCAUAAAAAACCAUGAAGCUACUUUGAUAAGUAGAACAAGAAUCUUUGAC